AUGGCUUUCUCCUCCCACCCGAAACCUGGCGACAGGGUCAGCAGCUGGGGAUACUCCUUCACUUGGACAAGUGACCAUCUCCGCAAGGAAGAGAUCGAGCCGCUACGGCAACAGUAUGAUACCUCUGCGGAUAUCGUGUUGGAGAGGCUGCAGGCUAUCAGGGCUACCCUUAUGGAAGAAAGUAAACUGAAAGGAACCAGCCCUCCGACUAAUGAUCUCUACUCCCUCCUACGAGACCACCGUGGGGACGACGAGAUCCUGGUUAAGUUCUGGACCGAAGUGAACACGGUGCCCGACUGGGUGGACUGGGAGCAGCUGGCACGAGCCCAGAGAUUCUUCUAUCGCUAUGCCAUUGCGAACAUCGUAGGGUUCGCAUUGCAAGGGUUUGUGGCGGAAAACUCGGCGGCGCCGGGGGUUGUUGAGGUCCUUGUUCGAACAGGAGGCUUCUCCACCCGUAUGCUUCUUGGAAGACUGCUCGAGACCUUCCAAUGGUUGAUUCAAGUCACCCAUUGCAUUGCCUCAAUCCGGCCUGGCGGGGAAGGGCACAUCGCAACCAUCCGGGUCCGGUUGCUCCAUGCUUCUGUACGCCGGCGUAUCAUACAGCUCUGUCGAACCAGGCCGGAUUACUUUGAUAUCGAGCGCUAUGGGGUGCCGGUCAACAAUUUGGACUCCGUCCACGCCAUCAGCAUCUUCUGUUGCAACCCUAUGUGGCUGCAGCUACCGAAAUUUGGGAUUCAACCUACUCCAGAUGAGGUCAGAGACUAUGUUGCGCUCUUCCGGUACCUGGGCUUCGUUCUGGGGACUCCCAAUGCGUAUUUCGAGACAGCCGAGAAAAGUAAGUGCACGAUGGAAAGCCUCCUUGUGCACGAGCUCUGGACUACGGAUACCUCGCGAACGGUGGCGUUCAACUUUGUGGAAUGUGUAACAAACUUGCCAUCGCCCUUCCACAUCUCCAAGGCGUUUAUUGAAGCCGGCAGCCGGUGGAUCAACGGUGACGAGUUGUGUGACGAGCUCGAGCUCGGCAAACCCGGCCUCCUUGCCUAUCUGUCGUUUUCCGGUCAUUGCGUACUAGUUGUGGCUCUGGCUUGGCUCCAGCGGCGAUUGCCCAGUUUGGAAGAACUACUGAUUAAAUCCCUCCGAAGAUUAAUGUACGGCGGUGUCGUACAGCGAAAGUCUCGCACCCGGUUUGAGUUCAAGUAUAUCCCGCGGACGAACAAGCAGACUGGGAAAGAGGCAUAUAGUGCCAAUGCUACGGCUAUGACCAAGAGUGGCAGGAUGUCUCGCGCGGUUUGGUCUACUCUGUUUGGGGCCCUAGGGGUGGGGCCCUUUGAGAUGGUGCUUCUCUUUGUUCUUGUUGUUGCUGGGGGAGUGAUGCUGGGAGGGGCGCUUGGGGUUAUGCAGAUUAUUCGCGGGUGCUACAAUGCUUAUGCAUGA